CCCGCCCCCCGCCGCUCGUCCCCGCCGCGGCCGCGCCGCCUGCAGCAGCAGCAGCCCCAGCAGCAGCAGCUGCUCCUCCCCGGCGGCCACCCCCCGCGGGUCCUUCCCUGGCAGCGGGCGAGAGCGAGGCAGAGGGAGGACACAGCGCCGCGACGCCUGCACCGGAGACCUUCGCCUCGCCCUGCUGGCUCCUCACCCUCGGGAGGAACAUGGAUAAUCUCAGUGAUACCUUGAAGAAGCUGAAGAUAACAGCUGUUGACAGAACUGAGGAUAGUUUAGAAGGAUGCUUGGAUUGUCUGCUUCAAGCCCUGGCUCAAAAUAAUUUGGAAACAAGUGAAAAAAUCCAAGGAAGUGGAAUACUUCAACUGUUUGCAAGUCUGUUGAUUCCCCAGUCUUCGUGCACAGCCAAAGUAGCUAACGUCAUAGCAGAAGUAGCCAAAAAUGAAUUUAUGCGAACUCCAUGUGUGGAUGCUGGAUUGAUUUCACCACUGGUGCAGCUGCUACAUAGCAAAGACCAGGAAGUGCUGCUUCAAACGGGCAGGGCUCUAGGAAACAUAUGCUACGAUAGCCAUGAGGGCAGAAGUGCAGUUGACCAAGCAGGUGGUGCACAGGUUGUAAUUGACCGUUUAAGGUCACUGUGCAGUAGAACAGACCCCGCCAGUGAGAAGCUCUUGACUGUCUUUUGUGGCAUGCUGAUGAACUAUAGCAAUGAGAAUGAUUCCCUUCAAGCUCAGCUUAUCAAUAUGGGUGUUAUUCCUACCUUAGUGAAAUUACUGGGUAUCCACUGCCAAAAUUCGGCUCUCACAGAAAUGUGUCUUGUUGCAUUUGGCAAUUUAGCAGAACUUGAGUCAAGUAAAGAACAGUUUGCCAGUACAAACAUUGCUGAAGAGCUGGUAAAACUCUUCAAGAAGCAAAUAGAACAUGAUAAGAAGGAAAUGAUUUUUGAAGUUCUUGCUCCAUUGGCAGAAAAUGAUGCUAUUAAACUGCAGCUGGUUGAAGCAGGCCUGGUAGAAUGUCUGCUAGAGAUUGUUCAGCAGAAAGUGGAUAGUGACAAAGAAGAUGAUAUUGCUGAGCUCAAAACCGCUUCAGAUCUAAUGGUUUUAUUACUUCUUGGAGAUGAAUCCAUGCAGAAAUUAUUCGAAGGAGGAAAAGGUAAUGUGUUUCAAAGGGUGCUGUCCUGGAUUCCAUCAAAUAACCACCAGCUACAACUUGCUGGAGCAUUGGCAAUUGCAAAUUUUGCCAGAAAUGAUGGAAAUUGUAUCCAUAUGGUAGACAAUGGAAUUGUAGAAAAACUUAUGGAUUUAUUGGACAGACAUGUAGAAGAUGGAAAUGUAACAGUACAGCAUGCAGCACUAAGUGCUCUCAGAAACCUGGCCAUUCCAGUUGUAAAUAAAGCAAAGAUGUUAUCAGCUGGGGUCACAGAGGCAGUUUUGAAAUUCCUUAAAUCCGAAAUGCCGCCGGUUCAGUUCAAACUUCUGGGAACGUUAAGAAUGUUAAUAGAUGCACAAGCAGAAGCUGCUGAACAACUGGGAAAGAAUGUUAAAUUAGUGGAGCGUUUGGUGGAAUGGUGUGAAGCCAAAGAUCACGCUGGAGUCAUGGGGGAGUCAAACAGAUUGCUCUCUGCCCUCAUACGACACAGUAAAUCAAAAGAUGUAAUUAAAACCAUUGUACAGAGUGGUGGCAUCAAGCAUCUAGUUACCAUGGCAACUAGUGAACAUGUAAUAAUGCAGAAUGAAGCCCUUGUUGCUUUGGCAUUAAUUGCAGCUUUAGAACUGGUCACUGCUGAGAAAGAUCUAGAAAGUGCUAAACUUGUACAGAUUUUACAUAGACUGCUAGCAGAUGACAGAAGUGCUCCUGAAAUCAAAUAUAAUUCCAUGGUCCUGAUCUGUGCUCUCAUGGGAUCUGAAUCUCUACACAAGGAAGUACAAGAUUUGUCCUUUCUAGAUGUUGUAUCCAAACUUCGCAGUCAUGAGAACAAAAGUGUUGCCCAACAGGCCUCUCUCACAGAGCAGAGACUUACUGUGGAAAGCUGAAAACUGCCCCUCGCUGAUACGUGGCAUCAUCCCAUCUCUGGUUUUCCCUUUGUCCUCCAUCCAGCUGCCUCUUCUGCUUCAUUCUCUUCCAUAUCACCUGUGCAUGCGUGUAAUGUUCCAAUACCAACUGAAGAACUGCUAUAGGUACCUGCCCAAUAAGAUUUCUAAACCAUAGUUAGUGUGAACACAAAUUUGUCAAAAACAAGUCUCCAUCCAUAACUGUUCUCUUGUAUUCCUGUUGCUUGAGCUACAUUAAGUAGAACGUGCAUGUUGUAGUCCUAUGAUGAUGUAAACUUGGUACUACAUAAUGACUUGCUCCUCACACUCGGUAAACUACAUAAUGUACUGGUAAAUUAGAAACAAACAAGAAUGCAGCAGGAUCUGUCUAGCUUAUUAAAAAUGGAAUUGAAUAGUAAAAAUGGCUCCAUUUUUUUGGUGCUUGGGAAGCACAGUGACCAAAAAACUGUAUGGCUGCUCAUUCAUUAGUCUUACCCACCAUUGUCAAACCCACGGUACCUAGAGUUAAAUAAAAUCCAAUGCUCUCAUUCUUUA